AUGUCAACUCUCUGUCUUUCGCCUGUCCCUUGUGGCAUGUCUUAUAGUUUGGAUCGGGGUAGGCUUUGCGGGUCGGUGUGGUUGGAUUGUGGGUUGGAUUGCGGGUUGGGUUUUGGUAUGAGGGAUGGAGGUUCUGGCCCGGACUCUCCGUCCCCUCCCUCGCCUCCACCACCAAGCCCAAGCAAGAGGAGCAUUGGACGAGGAUCCCCCUCUCCAUCCCCUCCACCUUCUGGUCCUCCACCUAGUCCUAGCAGGAGGGAUGGUGGACUAGACUGUCCAGACUCUCCGUCCCCUCCCUCGCCUCCACCACCAAGUCCUAGUAAGAGGGGCAGCGGACGUGGUUCCCACUCUCCGUCUCCUCCGCCUUCUGAUCCUCCACCCAGUCCCAGUAAGCGGGGACCUGAUUCCCCCUCUCCUCCUUCUGCUCCUCCGCCAAGCCCGAGCAAGAGGGACACUGGGUCAGACUCUCCAGACUCUCCAGCCCCGCCGUCUCCUCCGCCUCCCAGCCCAAGCAAUAGAGACUGUGGACUUGAUUCCUCUUCUCCUCCACCACCAAGCCCAAGCAAGAGGAGCAUUGACCGUGAAUCCCCCUCUCCCUCUCCUCCGCCUUCUACCCCACCCCCUACUCCCAGCAAGCGAGCCUCGGGCCCAGCCUCGCCAUCUCCCCCCUCCCCUCCCCCACCCAGCCCCAGCAAACAAGCUUCCACCCCAGACCCCGCGGUCUGCCAAAAAAAGAAGAAAAAAGCCAAUCCCAAACCCUUCACAUGA